AUCAAUUAGUUUGGCAAUGAAGGCCAAUAGGUACGGCUGGAGCGGGAGUUUGGGUUUGGCCACUUUGAAAACUGCAAAGGCCGGAGCGGGAAGGGACCCGCCAAUCCAAAGGAUCUUAAAAAGAAAAAUGAUUUCGAAUAAAUAAAUAUCAGUCGCCCCUAAUUAAUUAAUUAAUUAAUUAAUAAGUAGCUAAUUAGCCAGGCUGGGCGCACGAGCUAUAACGGUCAUAUUUACUCCUUUAUCCAACAAUCGUAGACCAGAUGAUGAAAUAAAAGAAAACAAUUGUUCUCAAAUUAGGAAAUUGAAUUAAAUAAACAACAAAAAAACCCAAACGACCGUUUUCUUGAGAAAAAGUGACGUCGACCGUUUUCCUUUCCCCUCUGUUUGCCAGUCUGCCCCCGCCUUCACUCCAGACGCUCCCUCUGUUUCUCGUUCUCCCACCCUCUGUUUCUCUCUGCAACAGACCAUGGCCCAGCGGAGAACCGAAUCAGAAACGUCUUUCUCUUCCUUUCUUUCUAGAUAGGAAGAAUCGGGAAGGCAGGCGAGACUACGGAUAAUAACAUCCCUCUGUAUUUUCCGCCAUUCUCCUCCUUCGUCGAUCAAGAGAGGGAAAGAAAGAAAGAAAAAAAAAAGAGUGUGGGAUUUCCUCAAAAUGGGUUGCUUCUCAGCGUGUUUUGGUUCCUCCAAAGAUCGCAGAAGGAGAUGCAGAAAGCAGCAGCACAAGAAGCACAACCAGGCUCAGCCUCCGUACCAGAGGAAUGCUGAUAAGGAUCUUGAGCCAUCAAAUCUUCCCGUGGAGCAGAACCCAAUUUCAGAGAAACAACCAGUGGUCAUCAACACAGCGGUAGAGGAAAUCCAGGAGGAGCAGCCACAGUGGCAAUCGAGUCCGGUGGGUCUUCGCAAAAAAGUGACCUUUGAUUCCAAUGUGAAGGCAUACGAGCCUGUUUCAGUACAAGAAUCCACCGAAUUUCAGAACGCUUCUGCUCCCAAGAAACAAGUCGACAAUGAAAAUGGCGAUGAUCAGAACAAAUACACAAAGCCAGACCAAUCCGAUAACUCCUCUGAAGCAAGUUCUUUGACCCCAAGCUCCAGCUCUUCCUACCCUUCCAACCAUCGGUACCAGAACUGCAGAGACAGCGAUGAUGACGAAUUCGAUUCCGAUGACCAAACUGAUUCUGAUUCUGAAGACGGGGAUGAGGUUGAUGGGGAGCUCGACGAUGACAUCUACGAUGAGCCGACCACUAGGUUCGCCUCUGCUGCGGCCAACGGCGAUGCCUGCUUCCCAGAGCUGGGAAUUGAGAAAGCCGGGCAGAAUGUGCGAGACAGGAGUGCGUAUGUGCAUCCAGUGCUGAACCCUGUAGAGAAUCUGACCCAAUGGAAGGCUGCCAAGUCCAAAAAAUCAGCACCACCGCUUCCUUCACCACCACAAUUGAAUCACCAGCCUUCUGAUAAGGAGAAUGACCAAGAACCCAGCUUUAAGUUGAAAUCCAAGAAGACAAUGAACCCAGAACAAGUAGUAGCAGUGGAUGCAAGCUUAUCCAAUUGGUUGAGUUCAUCAUCGUCGUCGUCAUCAUCAGACUGCUGCACUACAACGCCAAACAAGCAGCCUACCACUGCUACUACCUCUUCCACCACUCCACCGCAGGUGAAGAGCCCUGGCAGUUGGGCGGGAUCAGCGUCCCCUAAGAGCUUUGAGGACAGGCCGAUCCUCGGGGCGUUGACGGUGGAGGAGAUCAGGCAGAUGUCUGCAUCAAAUUCUCCAAUUAGGAAGUCACCUGGCCACAGCCCUGAUGACAAGUUCAUAAUUGGGAGCGUUGGGAGCUACUGGAGGAAUGAGAGUGAUUGUAGUCAGCCUGGGAAGAAGAAGAAGCAAGUCAGCAACUCUGCCUCCCCGGCAUCGUCGUUUAAAGGAAUACCCAACACAACCAGCAAGUACAGAGAGGAUAAGAGAGUGAAGUGGCACUCGACUCCUUUUGAGACCAGGCUGGAGAGAGCUUUGAAUGGCACCCAGAGUUAGUGAGGGGUUCCUUCCUGUUGCUGUUUUGUGGAGUUGUGUUUGUGAAUAAUGAUGUAUUUGAGAGAGAUUUUUUUGGUCUUGUUUAUGUUUGUGGUGGUGGUGGAAGAAUUUGUUCAGAAAAUCAAUACUGGCUUGCUUGCUGUUGUAAUCAUCCUUUUUUUCCAAAAUACAUAGUUGUUAUGUGUAAUACAGAUACUUGUUUCAUGAGAUAUUCCGAUAAAAUUAAAAUUUGAAGUCUACGUUUUAACGAUAUUUAAUUUUUAGAAUUUUCUGAUUCACGCACUAUAUUAUCAUUCCGUUACAUUUAUUAGUGAUUUGACAUUAGAAGAGGAGUAAGAUGGUUUGGAGGUUGGGAUUCUCCAAAUACUUGUUUCAUGAGAUCUUCCGGUAAAAUAAAAAAAAAAAUUCGUUGAAGUCUACGUUUCAACGCUAUUUAAUUUUUAGAAUUUUCUUAUUAACGCACUAUGUUAUCAUUCCGUUAAAUUUAUUAGUGAUUUGACAUUAGAAGAGGAGUAAGGAUGGUUUGGAGGUUGAGAUUCUCCAAAUUUAUGCAAUUAAUCAAUUUGUGUAUUGUAAUUUGAUAUAUUGAUUAAAUGUAUGGAUUUGAAAAAUAAAUUAUUUGGAGAUUCACAACCACAUCGAAUAGAGAUAUGACCAGACUAAAAACAAACAAAUUGAGGAUCAAAAGUAUGUUUUGUUCAUAUGGUUCGAUUCAGUCUGGUCCAAAUUCAAUUUCGGUCCAUCUUUUUUUUGGGUAAAUGCCACAUUUGGUCACUGGAAUUACUAAAUAGUGUUAUGUUUAGUCACUAGAAAAAAUUAAUAUCAAUUUUGGUCACUCGAAUCACUAAAUCAUGUCACAUUUAGUCAUUCUUCCGUUAGUCUCCGUCCAACUUCUGUCACUCGAUUUUUUUAUUUGAAUGUCACUCGAAUUACUGAAACAUGUUACAUUUAGUCACUCUCCCAUUAGUUUCCGUCCAACUCCAUUAAUGUCACUCGAGGUUAAAUAAUAUCUUCACAUGGACUAUGGGCUAAGACACGAAUUACGAGGUUCAAAGAGGGAUUGAAAACAUUCAAGAUGUGUGAAAAUGGCUCCAGAAGAAAAGCCUAUGGGUUUGUUGAUGAGAAAUGGAUUAGGAAGAUAUUCAAUUAUGACCAUUCAACAAUAAAGGUUCAAAUUCGAAGAUAUAAGGAUCAAUUGGGUGUGUUCUUGAUGGAUAAAUGGGCUACUGCAAACUUCAAGCAAGUCGUGCCCAUGCAUGGAGGAAAAUGGGGAGCUAGUUCAUUACAUAUUAAUUGAAGAUUGAUGUUUUGCAUGAGGAAAGUGCACGAUGUCAUUCAAGGACCAGAAUUGUAAACGAACAUGGCUCUACAAGCAAAGGCUACGGGUUUGUUGAUGAGAAAUGGGUGAGCAAGAUAUUCAAUUAUGACGAUCCAACAAUAACGGUUCAAAUUUGAAGAUAUAAGGAUCAAUUGAGUGCGUUCUUGAUGGAUAAAUGGUCUACUUCGAACUUCAAGUGAAUCGUGACCAUGCAUGGACGAAAAUGGAUAGCAAGUUUUUUACAUAUUAAUUGAAGAUGGUCGUGUUGCAUGAGAAAAGUGCACGAAGUCAUUCAAGGACCAGAAUCGUUAAUGAACCAUUAAGCCAAAACCGUUGAGGACUUUCUUGUUGCCCAAAAGAGAUAUUCUUGAUGCCCCAGUCAUCCAUCCUUGAUAUCCAAGUCGUCCAAAUGGAAAAAGGAGAAGGAAAGAUAUUAGUUAGCUGCCAAAGAGCUUCUUUUAGCAUUAAAAAUGACUUUAUGAUGACUUAGUUGCUAAGGAUUCCUUUAUCAUUAAAAGUGUUAUAUUCAUUAUUUAAUUAAUAUUAUUAUUACUAUUAUGUUUUCUAGUUAGUUUGGGACAUGUUUUCCUAUUCUUAAAACUUAAAAGGUUGUAUUUAUGCUUUUGUAACCUCUAUAAAUAGAGGGCUUAAGA